ACCCUGGAGCCGGGUGGCGAGGCCGGCGCCCGCCUGGGCCGCACGCACGUCCUGCUGCACCAUUGCCCGCCCUUCCGCCUGCUGACCUCGCAAAAGGACGUCUUCCUGGUGCCCACUGCCUCCACCUGUCCUGGUGCGUCCCACAUCCUGCUCACUUGGAGCCCGAGCAAGGGCAAGGUGAUGGUGGCUGCCCCGUGUCUCGGCCUCUCCUACAGUAAAAACCUGAACCCCAAGCAAGGGGACACCUGGGACUUCCGAACCCUAAUCCGAAGCCUUCCUGGGUUGCUGUCCCCCAGAGAGCCAUUGGCUGCCCAUACCUGGGCCCCAACUCCCCAGGGCCUGCUGUUACUGGACUCCAGGGGCACCGUGAGCUUAGUGCAGGCCCAAGGUAGCAUCCGAACCCUGGGUGCCCUGCAGGAGGCCCCUGCAGGUCCGGAGGGCUCUGCAGCCCUGGGAACAUUCCAGGGCACACUAGCCUGUGUGCUGGGCUCCACCUUGGAACUUCUGGACUUGGGCACCGGGCGGCUGCUGGAGCGAAAGGUUCUCAGUACAGACAUUGUCCAUUUGCUGGAACCCCCAGCCCUUGGCAUGAAGGACGAGGAAGAUCUAGAGUCCCAAGGGGGCCUUCGUUUGCUUUCAGCCUUGGGUCUGUUUCGUGUGGGCUGGGAAGCGCCCCAAUCCCUUGAGCUGCCUACAGCCACGGACUUGGUGUUUGAGGAGGCCUGUGGGUACUACCAGCGGCGAAGCCUGCGGGGUGCCCAGCUCACUCCAGAGGAACUGAGGCACAACAGUAUGUUCCAGGCACCUCAGGCCCUGGCCUCUGUCCUCCAGGGCCACCUGCCCCCGUCUGCACUGUUGACUCUGCUGAGGGCCGAGCUGCGGGAUUAUCGGGGCCUAGAGCAGCUCAAGGCCCAGUUGGUAGCUGGAGAGGAGGAGGAGUCUGUCUGGACAGAGCUGGCCCAGCAGGAGGUGGCACGCCUGCUGAGCACCGAGGUGACAGGGGAGCAGCUGGCCCAGCUCAACACUGUUUUCCAGGCCCUUCCUUCAGCAGCCUGGGGUGCCACCCUUCAUGCCCUGCAGCUGCAGCAAGAUGGGAACGGCAUGCUGAGCUCCCAGGCGCCCCCUGAUGUGUGGAAAAAGGUGCUAGGAGGUACAGCAGCUGGAAAAGAGCCCCCCAAUGGGAUACUGUUGCCCUUUGAACUCCUGUGCCAGUGCCUGUGCCGGCUGGAGCCUCAGUGGCUUCCCCACUUCGUGGAGCUGGCCCAGCAGCAGGGUGGGCCAGGCUGGGGGGCUGGAGGCCCAGGGCCACCCCUGUACCGAAGAGCUCUGGCUGUGCUAGGUGAGGAAGGGACCAGGCCCGAGGCACUAGAGAUUGAACUGCUUUUGGGUAGCAGGCGGCCCAAGGCUGUGCUGCAAGCUGUGGGGCAGCUGGUACAGAAGGAACAGUGGGAGCGGGCUCUGGAGGCUGGCUUGGCCGUGGGGCCCUCCAGUCCCCUGCUUCAAAGUGAGAUCUUCAAACUGCUACUGGUGGAGUUUGCCCGGCACCGCCAGCUCGAUGCUCACCUCCCCCUUCUCUGUCGCCUGUGCCCACCAGACCUGGCUCCUGAAGAGCUCCUGCUUCUCCUGAGGACACACCUCCCAGAUGAGGGGGGACCGCUCACCCCAUUCCCUGAGCCUGGGGCAGAGCCGCCUCUCACAGUGGGCUUGCUCAGAACCCUACUGAAGCAGACUGGGGCUCGAGGACGGCUUUCAGGCCCCACCCUCAGCCGGUAUGAGGACAGCCUGUGGGACCCAGGCACGCCACCCCCCACCCCACCUCGGGGCCCUGUGUCUACCCUGCAGGCGUCAGACCAGCCAGGCCUGGAGGCUGGCACCAUCCAGACAGGGCCUGUGUGAUGGACUUGAGAAGUCCUUUGUAGGACCUGGUGAUCGGGGAAGGGUGCCUAGGAGUUGGAUGGGGUCAGAGUGGGACCUGUGUGUGCACUACCCUUCUCCUGGAACAAUUUUUGAAAUAUAUAUAAAUGUCAAAUAUAUGCACACCACUUUUGUGGUAUUGAACAGUUGAGAGUCUCAGCGGGCUGUGAAGUUUAGAGUUGGUGGUUGAAUCUGGAUCUUUUGGUUAAAACAGCCACUUCUAAUCGUAAAAUUAACAUUUAUGAACAUCUGAUACAUGCUGGUCGGCCUUGCUGUCCCCAGGUAAGAACUGUGAUGGGCCCUGAGCUGGUGCCUGUCCUCCAGGGUUCCUAGAGCAGCCCCUAGUUUCAAGGAAGAUUUGCCAGACAGGCGAGCUAACUUCAGAACCCUCUUAGCUUU